AUGCCACGUAACCGGAAGCAAUUAUGUUCCAAUGAUUCUAACGAGCCAGAGCCACGUCCACGAACCCGGAUCAAGAAAGCCGAACUAGAAGCCGAAGAAGCACAGCUUGACCGAGAAAUCGAAGCUGGUGAACGAUUUCUCGCCGGCCUUGCCAACAACACUACCAAUGAUGACAUGAUUGAAGAUAACUUGAAUCUCGAACAUUUCAAUAAUGAACCUCAGAAUUUAAAUGAUAUACUCGAAGACGAGGAUGGUUCUCGGUACGGUCAAUUUAUGCCUCUUGGUGUUGGUGCAUUGGCAGAAGCACAGCCUCUAGAUCAAGACUUGGUCCGCAUUGAGGCAUUUGUCUCUCGACAUCGAGCAUAUCGACACGCUCUAGAGCGUGAGGAACUUCGUCAGCGAUGGGAAGCCCUUGAAAACCAACUUACCGCGGCCUUCCUUCAGUCUCAAACACUAACGUUGAAUUGGACCAGCAAGGACUGCUACCUCAACAAUGUCAGUAAUGAUUGUGAAUGCAGAGAAGGACAAUUUCAUUAUCGAAAUGUUGAUCUUAUAGGUGUACUGUGCAGCAUAUCAUGA